GAUGUGAUGAAACAGCAUGGAUGUGUGUGUGUGUGUUUGGAAGUCUGCAUUUAUACGAAUGAAUGUUUUGGCUAUCAUGAGGCAACCGAGAGAGAGGAGAAUUUCUUGUAUUCUGCUCUAGGAUACGGCAGACAUGCAGUUUAAGUUCAUCACAAUUAGAACACGCUGCCAACUAGAUGUAUUUUACUCUGGGUACACACUUUUGUAUGUAUCAUAGUUCCUGAUUCAUCCAUGAAGACUUCUCAAAAACAAGCCUGUGUGUUGAUAGAUUUCUCUGUGUGUCCUUCUGUAAAAUUGAAGAACUGCAUUCAAUGCAUAAACUUCUGUACAGAGAGAACAAAGGAACAUUUCAACCUACACAAAAGACAACGUGGCACAAAGAGUUCAAUCUCAUUCUGACUGGAAGGAAUCAGCCAAGGGAAAUAACAUGCCCAUUUUUAUAGCCAAGGGAAGGAAGCUGAAAUACUUCUGCUUCCUUGUUGCCUUCUUACUUCUAAUGUUCAUACCAGAAUUUAGAAACUUUGUUUUAAAACUUUUUUGGCCAAAAGGAUGGGUGUCACUAAGCAAUUACCAGAUUUUGAAGAUUGUGUUUUUUAGCAAACUCCCACUGGGCGUAUCAGAUCUCGAGUGUAGCGGGAAGAAUUCACUUUUCAAACGUUCAGACAUUUACGACAUAAGAAAAUGUGAACAAAACCAAGGCUUGAAGUUCCGCAAGGUGUCCAGCCUAGAAGCAAGCAGCCCAUUUCACCCCAUCAUUAGUGUUAGAGAGCACUGUGACCUCAUUUCACUUUAUGUGGAGAUGUCUUACAUUCUAGCUCAGGCUAACCUGAGCCAUUUUCUGGCCUUUGGAUCAUUGAUUGGAGUAUAUCGUCACAGAGGCAUUAUUCCUUGGGAUGACGACAUAGACAUAGCAGCUAAUGGGUUGGAGUGGGAGGCGUUCAGAAGAGCCCUCUCCUGUGUGGAAGGGUACAAGCUCAGAACAAAUCCUAACAUGCACUGGAAGUUUUCCAGAUCAAACUCCAGCUAUCCUUUCAUUGACAUUUUUUUUUACACUGAAGAUGAGAACUAUGUUUGGUUUUUAACCAGCUAUGUGAAGAUGGAAUUCGCUCAUGUGAAAAAAGAAGUUUUCCCUCUAACUGUGGGGAUGUUUGAAGACAUAACUGUGCCACUUCCAGCGGCCAUGGAAACAAUAGUGCAAAGUGAUUACGAGCCUGUUUACUGCCAGCCACCCAGUUUGAAUCAUAAAUCCCACACACCCACAAAGUCUGCUAAGAGUGUCUUGUGUGCUACCCUAAAUCAAACAUAUGACAUGUACAAUGUAUGACAUCAACUACACUACAUAUGACAUCAAAUGCAUGGCAUAUGGCAUUAGCUACACAACACAUGACAUUAACUACAGAAUAUAUGAUAGAAAAUGAUAUCAACUACACAAUAUAUGACAUCAACUGCAUGGUAUAGGGCAUUAGCCACACAACAUAUGCCAUCAACUACACAACAUAUGCCAUCAACUACACAACAUAUGCCAUCAACUACACAACAUAUGCCAUCAGCCAAACAACAUGUCAUCAGCUACACAACAUAUGCCAUCAACUACACAACAUAUGCCAUCAACUACACAACAUAUGCCAUCAGCCAAACAACAUGUAAUCAGCUACACAACAUAUGCCAUCAGCCAAACAACAUGUCAUCAGCUACACAACAUAUGAUAAUCAAACAACAUAUUACAUCAACUACACAACAUAAGAUCUCAGCAUUAUGAUCUGAAUGUCUAUUUAAUAUUGUUAUAAAUGUGUACUAAGUCAUGACUUUGUAAUUCAUUGUCAUUUUUGUUCAAUAACUUACUAACAGCUGUGCAUAACAAUUAAAUAAAGUUCAUAAACAUG